UGUGUAGUGUAGUGUUGUGUAGUGUAGAGUGGUGUGGAGUUGUGUAGUGUAGUGUAGUGUUGUGUAGUGUGGUGUGAUGUGAGUCUGAUGUGUGUCUGAUGCGAGUCUGAUGAGAGUCUGAUGUGAGUCUGAAGGAACAUAUUCACACUGAGGUGGAUGUGUGGUACGGAUCAGUUGUGGAACUUUGGAAGAGCAUGGCGGUCGCUGAAUGUCCAGACUACUUUACGCUCCACCCGAAAUACCAGGACAAUGUUGAUCACGCAUCCUCUCGUGGAUCAGCGAGUCUUAUUCACUUCCAGCAGGCAGCCAAUCCGAGUUCUCCUGAUCACACAGAUGAUGACGUUGAUUUAGAGGCUCUGGUGAAUGACAUGACCUCCCUGUCGCACUAUGAGGACCUUUGCUCUUUUAAGACCCAGCAGUCUGACACUGUCCCUCUCCUGCACAAUGGCCAAGGCACUGGUGUCCAGAUUCACAGGAUUGCUGUUGCUCCACAUCCAUCAAACAUCCAGGAGAAGACUGGACAUGUUCGCUCACCUGAGGAAAAAAACUGCCGCUCCCAACCUGUCCACAUCCUGGCAAUCAGGAGAUUACAGCAGGAGGAGCAGCAGAUUCGUCCUGCGUCUCUGCCCGCGAUCCCGAACCCGUUCCCUGAACUGUGCAGUCCUGCAGGUUCCUCCUCCCUCAGCACCGACUCCAUGCCUCACACUGCAGAUGUGCAUAUCAUCAGGAUCUUUAGUGAAGAUGGUGUUGGGAAGGUGUUGGAAGUUCCUGCUCAUAUGGCCGCUAGAGAUGUUUGUCAGCUCCUGGUUUAUAAAAGUCACUGCCUGGAUGACAACUGCUGGACUUUAGUAGAGCAUCAUCCAUUACUUGGACUGGAGAGGUGUUUGGAGGACCAUGAGCUGGUGGUUCAGGUGCAGGCCUGCAUGUCUCCAGCGAGCAAGUUCCUCUUUAGGAAGAACUACGCCAAGUACGAGUUCUUCAGAAACCCACUGAACUUUUUUCCAGAACAAAUGGUGGCCUGGUGUCAGGAGUCCAACAGCACAAUCCCACCAUCUCAGCUUUUGCAGAAUUUCUUGAAUUCCAGCUGCUACCCUGAGAUCCAGGGCUUUCUGUACAUGAAGGAGACAAGCCGCAAAUCCUGGAAAAAGCUCUACAUGUUCCUGCGUCGCUCUGGACUCUACUACUCCACUAAAGGGACAUCUAAGGAGCCCAGACAUCUGCACUUGCUCUCAGAUCUGGAAGAAAACAGUGUGUUCACCAUGAUGACAGGCAGGAAGGUGCACAACGCUCCCACAGACUUCCAGUUCUGCAUAAAGCCUUCUAAAGGUACAGCAAACCUGAAGGAUCUGAAGAUGCUUUGUGCUGAAGAUGAGCAGAGCAGGACAUGCUGGAUGACUGGCUUCAGAGUGUUUAAGUAUGGAAUUCUGCUCUACCAGAACUAUAAAAUUCCUCACCAAAGACAGACUCCAGUCUCCAACUUCACGACCCCAGUGAGGAGCAUCUCUGAGAACUCUCUAGUUGCCAUGGAUUUCUCAGGGAGGACAGGACGCGUGAUUGACAACCCUGUGGAAGCAAUGAGUGCAGCCAUGGAGGAGGGACACAGCUGGAGAAAACGAAGUCAGCGAAUGAAUGUUUCGGGCCACACGAGUUCUCCACAUCCAUCAUCUUUAAAUUCAGCGAUCCACAGAACCCAGCUGUGGUUCCACGGACGCAUCAUGAGGGAGGAAUCGCACCGUAUGAUGAUUCAGCAGGGGCAGGUGGACGGGUUGUUUCUUUUGCGGGAUAGUCAGAGCAACCCAAAGGCUUUUGUUCUCACUCUGUGCCAUCAUCAGAAGGUCCGACACUUCCAGAUCUUGCCUUAUGAAGAGGAUGGUCAGAUCUUCUUCAGCCUUGAUGAUGGUUCCACCAAGUUCACAGACCUUAUCCACCUUGUGGAAUUCUAUCAACUUAAUAGAGGAGUUUUGCCCUGCAAACUUAAACACCCCUGCACCAUGGUGGCCUUAUGACCCCCUGCACUCCUGAUUUUUGCACCAAUGGUUGAGAAGAUAGAAAAAGAAUAAACACUGUUCCUUUUCUCAGCGUCUCUACCGCAAUCACCGGAUGUCUUAGACCUGAAGACCAUUUUCUGAUUCUUUUUUUUUUACUUUCUCCUGGAAUCAUCAUUUUGUCCAGUUGAUUUUAUUACUCGUUUUCAAGCCAGUGUAACUCACCUGAAGAUUUUAUCCAGUAGAAGUCCUCAGUGUCAUCCUGCAUUAGACACACUCACAAAAAAUACCAAAAAAUCUUCAUCAUCUCUUCUGUUGCUUAUGUCUUCUAAUGUUACUUGAUUGGUAUCAGUGGGAUUUGCAGAUGUUUUCGUACAUCUGCAUAUGCGUGCACUUUCGAGCUGAAAACGGGUGUCCCACUGUACCACCUUUAUCCCCUCGCCUCAGCUCACCCCUCCUGUGCCCCGGCUCCUGGUUAGAAAGCCUUCGUACAGAAUUCCUGUGUGUUAAUUGGAUUACAGCUCAAGACAGACUUUCAUUCUGUCAGAGGCUCUAGAGACACAGUUACAGCUGAUGACUGAUGCAUCACGUUAUGAAUCAGCAGACCUGGAAGGCUGAUUAUCAUCUCAUCUGUUGCAUUGUGCUCAGUCUAAAUUAUACGUCACCAUGUUCCUCUGCCUUAGAGACCGGAGCGCUCUGGGAUAAGGCCAUGUGGCGUUCGCUCAGUCUGGAGAAUGAGACCUUCCACAGGAAACUUCCACGUGUUGCUGGAUAAAUUCAUUUAAAGCCAUGGAUAAAAUGCAUCGCUUUAAUUAUUUAAAGGGACAAAAAGUCACUUUUAAAUUAAGUGCAAUAUUUGAAAGUUCAGCAUGUGGGGGAGUUCAGGAAACGUGCGACAGCUUUAAAAACUUGACCCAUACUCACGUUUCUGAUGUCGACAAGCAGAGCACAAUCACGGAGUUAAACCAUUCGCUCUCUUCUGACUAUGUAGCAACUUUAUUUUUAUUAUUAUUUUACUAAAUCCUGUAUAGCUAUAAAUAUGUAUUACUUUUACAUCAUUUUGCUGUUUUGAGCCACAUGAACAAAUGAAAGGUUUAAAAAAUUCCCCAUUUGUAGCUUGAAUUAACACGUGAUCUGAAUCAGCAUUAAAUAUUCAGGUGGAACUGCACACAGAGUGAGUAGGGUUAGUUACAGUAAUUACUUUACUACAGUCAUUUACUCUAUUAGAAUAUUGAAUCAUUAAUGGUCGUGUCCUGAUGUGGUCUAAUCUGGAAAAAUCUCCUCUUUCAAAAAGUUUUAAACACCCUCGAGUCUGACCAGAAGAUUCGGCUCUCGGCAGAUAUAAAUAAAAUCUGUAGGUCUGCUUAUGUUAUUCUGUAAGACCAAAUUCUUCCAAAAUUCCACCACAGACACACUGCAGAAACGAGGCCUUGAGAUGUUUAUGCUUCUGAUUUACAGACCAUCAGUGAUGACGAUGUCCUGCUCACUCCAGCAUCUUCACAGCUGACACCAUAUUUCCAGUUAAAACUGGGAUCUUUCUAUAAAGAUGUGUGUGUGUGUGUGUGUGUGUGUGUGUGUGUGUGUGUGUGUGUGUGUGUGAGAGGGGAAAGAAAUUUUGAUCUCAAUGCAUUUAAACGCAGGCGAGUUUGUUAUCCAGGUUAUUGACAUACAGAUGUUAAUGCACAUGUUUCUGUGAGAUACAAGUGGAGCCAAAGAGAAAACCUGAACACUUAAAGAAGAACGUUUGCAUUUCUCCAUGAGGAGAUCAGCUCCUGCACCGAAUACAAACCUGUGAAUAUACCACAGGACACAAUGCAACAGAAGCCUCCAUGUCCUACACUGGCACAGCAAGACUACGAGCACCUCCUACAGCCGACGCUCACGCUGACGUGCACACGUCUAACAGAGCAAAGAACACCACUGAGAGAUUCCUCAACAGAAUUCAGUAGAAUAACUGAGUACAGCCCUAAUCUGUGUGUGGAAAUGAAGAACAGCAGCAUUUUAAAUAAAAACCUGCACUAUGCUGAAAAGGAAAUCUAUUACAGGGUCUGGGGCACGUGUCCGCUAGUCGAGUCUCCUCAAUCCCAAGAUGAAGAAAAUGUAUAGUAAGACCAGGCUGAAAACCAUCUCAACACAGCUGAUCUCCUGAAGUCUACAGGUGUGGAUCCUGGCUGCAGUUCCAUGCAGCAUUUAAUAGCAACAUAUACAUUAUUUUCAGUUUCUGAGUGUGUGAAGCGCAAAUGCUCGAUCUAAUCUACAAUUAUGUAAACAGUUUGGCUCCAAAAUGAAACGAAGACUCAAGUAUUCCAUAGACGAUGUUUGCUUUGUGUUUGAUCUCAGUGAUUUAAAUCAGACUGAUUAUAAUAUCAUCUGUUUCAUUUGUGCCACAAAAGCCUUUUUAUUCAAAUGUGUUCAAAUUAUGUUAAACUGUGUUGCACGUGACUGAAGAAUGAUCAUAAAGUAAAGAAUAAAGACCAAA